AUGAUGAUCAACACUAAGAGGCUCAUGAUGAAGAUGGCAAGGAAGUGGCGGAUCGGGACGGCGGCAGCCAUUGGAAGGAAAAGAAUCACAUUACCCAACAAAGGAAAUUUCGUUGUGUACACUACUGAUGAAAGUCGUUUCAUGAUCCCUUUGGAAUUUCUCAGUAACAACAUUUUCAGAGAGCUCUUUAAAAUGGCUGAAGAGGAGUUUGGACUUGAAGGGAGUAGUGGACCAAUCACAUUGCCUUGUGAUUCUGUUUUCAUGAAAUAUAUUGUCUCUUUGGUCCAAGGAAAUGUAUCUAGAGACCUAGAGAUGGCAUUGCUAGUCUCCAUACCAAACGGUCCGUGUGGUGCAUCUUCUUCAACCCAUUCCCUUGAACAGAGUCACCAACAAACACUCCUUACCAUGGUUUUUGAAGAUGCUAGAAGUCACAUUUCCAUAGCUAUAAUUUAG